AUGUCCUCGUUUCAAAAUCUUCCUCCUCCAAAACCGAUGUUGGUAGAAGGUGACUUAGGAGCGAAUUGGAAGAAAUUUAAGAAAAGUUACCUACUUUAUUCGACGGCGACCGAACUCACAACGAAGAACAAUGAAACUCAAGCCGCCAUCUUGCUCCAUUGUUUGGGAGAAGAAGCACUAGAAAUUUUUGAAACAUUAGAACUUAGUGAGGAAGAAGCGAAACAGCCCAAUGUAAUUCUAGAAAAACUCGAGUUGUAUUUUAUUCCGAAAAGCAACCAAAGUGUUGAGAGUCACAAAUUCAACACUCGUGUGCAAGGACCGAGCGAAGCCUUUGACGAUUUUUUAGCAGACUUACGUAAGCUAUCGAUAAAUUGUGAAUUUGGGAAUUUACGAGAUCAACCAUUGAGAGAUAGAAUUGUGAGUGGUAUUCAUGAUCAGAAGAUAAAGGAACGUCUAUUGCGAGAAACGGAGCUAUCAUUAACAAAGGCAAUCGACAUAUGCAGAGCCGCCGAACAGACAGAGAGUCACAUUAAACUCUUGUCGAAUCAAUCAAAGAAUAUAGAAGUCAACGUGAUAAAAGGAAAAUAACAAUAAACAUAACAGGAAGCCUAAUAAAAGAUCCUAUAAUCAUUAUCCUGUAUGAAUAACUUUGUUUUGUUUUGUUUUGUGUUUGUAUACCAAACAUGUCUUCUGGUGUUUUUUUUUUUGCAUCCUGCCUUCAUUGGCAAAAGACAUCCACAUCAACUUACAAAUAUCACAUAGCCAAUUGUUUAAAUUUAUCACAAAGAACCAUUUUCAUCCUUUAUUAGGACAGCUUCAGCUUCCUAAUAAAUUUACCACAAAAAUGUUCCUUCAUGGUAAAUUUAAACAAUUUGCUACCUAAUCACUACACUUAUAUGAUAUGCAAUCAUCUUUAUUCGAAUGUUUUCAAAAACCAUCAGUGAUAACUCUAGGGUUCAAUGCACACUUAUAAUUACUAUCAAACUAGUCACUUUGCUACGCACAAUUAUGAAAGCCUAAUUUCUUCUAAAUCAGCAUCAAAAAUUAAAAUCAAAUUUUAAGGAAGUUCUGUUAAAUAAUUUUUGAAGUAUACACCAAUACAACUAAAUGUGUAGUUUGAGCAUUACUUUCUUUUGCUACAACUUAUUUGUACAAGACUGGCUUUUCCAAUUAUAGUACAACAAAACUAAAUACAGGAAUA